GUUGAAUAUAUAAGACUGAUAAAACACAAAGUAAGAGAUGAUGAAGUGAUUCAGAUAUGUAUGGAAGACAACAAUUGGAUUGAACGGCGAUUCAGUCUGCUGGAAGAUUUAAUGGACAAUGCUUGUAAAUAUACAAGCGAUGUACUCGUUCUGUUCGUGUUCAAUUUCCCCGCACCUAUAUACGGUAUUAUACUACCGAUAGCGCCUAGGUUACCGUACAAUAUCACGGAAGCACCGUUAGGCACUCCGUGGCCGCUUCCGCAACUACUAGAUGUCACUGACGAGUUGUUCGUCUUACGGCAAUCUAAGUUCCGAUUUGACGACGGCGGGUUCAAGUGUGACAUUCUAGAAGAAGCGUUUACACGUUACAAGGACGUUAUAUUCGAUGAACCAGAAUUGGCUGUGCACGUCGAAUAUCCGCUCUUAAAGGAACUCAAGGUUGAAGUCACCGGCGAGAAGGGAUGUGAAAAGUAUCCCAAUAGUGAUAUGACUGAAUCUUACGAGCUGGUUAUUGCUGACGGUGAGGCCUCUUUGAUGGCGUUAGAAAUAUGGGGAGCUCUAAGAGGGUUAGAAACGUUUAGUCAAAUGGUGUACCAACUGGACGACGACAACGACGGCGAGUAUUACAUCAAUGCAAGCUAUGUUACUGAUUUUCCUCGCUUCGGGUACCGUGGUUUUAUGUUGGAUACAUGUCGACACUAUAUGCCGUUGGACACAAUACUCAAACAUUUGGAUGCGAUGGCUUACAAUAAAUUCAAUGUGUUUCAUUGGCACAUAGUAGACGACCAGGCAUUCCCGUACCAGAGCAUCAAGUUUCCAGCAAUGAGUGAAAAGGGUGCUUACCAUCCAGUGAAUAAAAUAUACACACAAGACGACGUGGCAUUCGUGGUCGAGUACGCACGACUUCGUGGAAUACGAGUCAUUCCGGAGUUUGAUACACCGGGCCACACCUACUCCUGGGGUAAAGGAAUACCGAACUUACUGACAGAAUGCUGGGCCAAUGGGAAACCUCGUCAGAUUGUAUAUGACAAACACGCCGACUUUGGACCAAUUCAUCCAAUUGUCAACUCAAGUUAUGAGUUUUUGGAAGAUUUGUUUGGUGAAAUCGUCAAUGUAUUUCCAGACCGCUUCGUCCACCUUGGCGCCGAUGAAGUGAGCUAUGCGUGUUGGGAAAGCAAUCCCGACGUUCAAUUAUUCAUGGAGCAGCGAGGAUGGUCUGACAGCGAAUACAACAAAUUGGAAGAAUAUUAUCAAAAUAGAUUAUUUGAUAUCAUCAUUGGUUUGGGAUCACGUUUUAUAAUAUGGCAAGAUCCCAUAGACAACAAUGUCACAGUGAGCAACAUGACAGUGGUGGAGGUGUGGAAAGAUACGUCAUUGUGGUACAAAUUGCCACCUUACAGGGAUGGGUUGGAAAAGGUGACCAAGUUAGGCUUGAAAGCUGUACUGUCGGCGUGUUUUUAUCUCAACUAUAUCGACUAUGGACCUGACUGGGAGAGAUUCUACCUAUGCGAACCAACAGAUUUCAAUGCGAUUCAAGGAGAACAGAUCACGCAGUUUUUCAAGAUGAAAAGCCCCACCUAUCACCAAAACCAUGCAAUUGAGGCAUUACUAGCUGAAAAAGACGAGUUUGUUGCAACGAGGACGGGGAGUGGCAAAUGA